AUGACAGGAGCAAAAAGGAAAAGAAAUGCAGUCUGGAGGAAGAUCCAGGCUGUCCGCUUUAAAGAUAUCAAAGCCUGGUGUCUGGGAAGGCUGCCCAUCGUGAAGUGGCUGCCCAUCUACAACUGGAAGGACAAUCUGGUUCCUGAUACAGCUUCUGGGAUGAUGCUAGCCAUUCAACAGGUGACUCAAGGGCUGGCCUUUGCAAUUCUGUCUUCAGUCCACCCAGUUUUUGGCUUAUAUGGCUCUUUCUUCCCUGCCAUUGUCUAUGCCAUGUUUGGAAUGGGACGUCACGUUGCGACAGGGACCUUUGCUUUGACUUCUUUAAUAUCUGCCAACGCAGUUGAGCGUCUUGUUCCCUCAGGCAGCAUGAAUUGCACCAUGAACAAUAACUCCACAGUGCUGGGCCUCUCGGAGUUUGAAAUGCAGAGGAUUGGAGUUGCAGCAGCAGUUUCAUUUCUAGGAGGAAUCAUUCAGGUAGCGAUGUUUGUGCUGCAGCUGGGCAGCGCCACUUUCUUGCUAACAGAACCAGUGAUAAGUGCAAUGACAACAGGAGCAGCUACACAUGUCGUGACUUCACAAGUGAAGUAUCUGCUGGGAAUGAAAAUGCCCUACAUAUCAGGGCCACUGGGAUUCUUUCAUAUUUAUGCCUACGUGUUUGAGAAUAUCAGAUCAGUUCAGCUGGAGGCUUUACUUCUCUCCUUGCUGAGCAUCGUGGUGCUUGUGCUUGUUAAAGAACUGAAUGAGAAGUUCCAGAGAAACAUUAAAAUUGUUCUUCCCAUUGACUUGCUUUUGAUAAUUGCUACAUCCAUUGCUUGCUGCUAUGCUGAUAUGGAAUACGUCUAUGGACUAGAAGUUGUGGGACAUAUUCCUGAAGGGUUGCCAUCACCAAAAGUACCACCCAUGAAUGUCCUGCCUGAAGUAGUCACAGAAGCUUUUGGAGUAGCUCUAGUUGGUUAUGUCGCAUCACUAGCUCUUGCCCAAGGCUCUGCUAAGAAGUUUAAAUACACUGUGGAUGACAACCAGGAAUUUUUGGCUCAUGGCCUCAGCAACGUGAUUCCUUCAUUUUUCUUUUGCAUACCAAGUGCUGCAGCGAUGGGAAGGACAACACUUUUAUACAGUACUGGUGCCAGAACACAGGUGGCUUGCCUUAUCUCUUGUGUGUUAAUUCUUGUGGUGAUCUAUGCAGCUGGACCUCUGCUGUACUGGCUGCCUAUGUGUGUGCUAGCAAGCAUUAUUGUUGUGGGCUUGAAGGGGAUGCUAAUGCAGUUCCGUGACUUAAAAAAGUAUUGGAAUGUGGAUAAAAUAGACUGGAGCAUAUGGGUCAGCACCUAUGUGAUCACAAUAUGCUUUGCUGCUAACGUGGGCCUGCUGUAUGGCGUUGUCUGCACUGUGGUCAUCCUCACUUUCCGCUUUCCCAGAGCAAAGACACUAAAUCUGAAAGAUGUAAAGGAAGUGGAAUGUAAAUACAAAACAGAGGACAAUUGUGAAUCAUUAAAACAGAUAAAGAUAAUUUCAGUCAACAACCCAUUAGUCUUUCUGAAUGCCAGGAAAUUUCACACUGACCUGAUAAAGAUAAUCCAAAAGGAUAGCAGGAGCAGCCAGCCCUGUGAAGACAUGAACAAGUGUGAGCACAACACAUUACUCUGUUCAUUUUCCAAUGGAGGUUGCCAGGGUGAGUCUUUGCGAUCCCAUCACAGUGAGCCACAUGUUUUGAUACUAGACUGCAGCGGACUGAAUCUCUUUGACUACACUGGAGUCUCAGUGCUGCUUGAGGUUUACAGGGACUGCAAAAGCAGACACAUCGAUGUGUUGCUAGCACACUGCAAAGCCUCCUUGAUCAAAGCAAUGCAGUAUGGUGGGAAUCUGGAAUCUGAAAAUCCUGUCUUCUUUGAAUCUAUUUCUUCAGCAAUUGAUGCCAUUCAGAUUCACAGAAAUUACAGCAAGUUCAGUGAACAGAGUGAAGUUUGA